CGGUACCCGCACUUAUAGCCAUUCCUGGAUACAGACUACAUAUUCACACCAGUCGAUGCUUCACUACUCACAUUCCCGAAACUUUAUAUUUUUAUUUUCGCGAAUUGGUGGAUACGAUUUUGUCUGAUUUAUAAACCAGUAGUCAGUAUGUUCAGCUGUUCUAUAUGCGACCACAGGAAAAGCGCACUGAGCACUGAGCCGGAAUACGAGUUCCGGCGCCGGAAGAGAAACUCCGAAGAGAUGGAACUUUACGGGGUCUCGAACUAUUGUAGUGAAUGCCAGUUGGUCACCUUCUUUGUCAAUCUCGUGAACUUUGAAGGCCCUCUACGAGGAUCAUUGAUGUGGAAAAUUCUAUGGGCUGCUGCAGAAAAUGUGGGGAAAAUGCCGUUGCAGAAAUCGCAGGACGCGGGGGUUCAAACGAGAGCUCUAGAGAUCGACAACCCAUUCGUGAUUGUUAUGGCGCCGCCAGCGUCCCGGGAGAUGAUUGGCCAUCAGGAAAAAGAAGCAGAAGAGUCCUCUGUUGGUUUCAGCGAAACCGAUACGCAUUUCGAUAAGGUCAUACAAAACAUUCUGAACUCAUCCUCUGACACCGAUUCAGUUAGCUCCCACAAGGUCGAGGAACUAACGGUGCUCUAUCGGCGACAACCGGGGACAAAACCAGAUUACCAUAGCUCCACGUGCAGGUCGGUUGGAGUGGACCACGCCAGUGCCCGUCGCAUUCCCCCAGCAUUACCCCAUCUGCAGUGCGAAAUGAAGCAAAAAAAGAAGCGACUGGACGAGCUAGUCACCAUUGGGCGUCGUCUCGAGGACAAAACCACUAAGCUUCGUAUGGAGAUGGCGGCCCUGGAGAAGCAGAAGCAUCAGGAAGAGAUCUCGGAGUGGCAACGAGAGGCUGAUAGCGCUUUGGCCUGCGAAAGCUCGUGGUGGGGCCGCGAGAACCUGAACACGGUUUUCGGUAAGUGGUCUCCGGAGCGAAGGGACAAGAACAUGGAAGACCAGGCAAACUUUCUACUGCAGGCCCUCGAGGAGCAGAGUGGAGUCAAGGAUAGAGAAAGCGACACAGAUCAUCGCUCACUAAAAGAUGGGAAGACGGAAACUAAGGUACAAGGCACCCACAAAUAUAGGAGUGCAGAGAACGAUCCUCGCUCACGAAAAGAUCAGGGUGGAGUAGGGGAUAGUCACUCACUAAAAGAUCAUGAUGGAGUAAGGGAAUAUCGUUCAAAAAAAUACCGAAAAGAAAAGCGUGCACUCAUGGAUCGUAAGGAAGCAGACAACGACGACAAUUGGUCUAUGCAGAGUCAAUACAUAGCAUCUAUGCAAGCAGAGAAAGAUCAGAGUGAAAGUAGGGAUAAUCGCUCACAUGGAGACCAGAGUGAAACUAAGGAUCAUCGCUCACAUAGAGACCAGAGUGAAACCAGGGAUCAUCGUUCACAUAGAGACCAGAGUGAAACUAAGGAUCAUCGCUCACAUAGAGACCAGAGUGAAACUAGGGAUAAUCGCUCACAUGGAGACCAGAGUGAAACAAAGGAUCAUCGUUCACAUAGAGACCAGAGUGAAACUAAGGAUCAUCGAUCACAUAGAGACCAGAGUGAAACUAAGGAUAAUCGCUCACAUAGAGGCCAGAGUGAAACUAGGGAUCAUCGCUCACAUAGAGACCAGAGUGAAACUAAGGAUCAUCGCUCACAUAGAGACCAGAAACAUGAGAGAGCACUCAAGGAUAAUAAGGAAACAGAUAAUGGAGAUGAUACGUCGAUGCAGAAUCUAUACAUAAGAUCUCCGCCAGCGGAGAAAGUGCAUAAAGCUGCUCGGCCAGACACCAACAGCUUCAAGGCCAAUGAACAUCCUAUUAAUCCGUUUGCGAGUCCCAGAGAGAAACCCCAGACGCUACAGAUCUGCAAGGAACCCAUAAACUGUCCCAUAAGCGUUGAGUGCCAGGAACGGUGCGUCAUAUCGGACUUCAGCACUCACGUGCUGUACGAUCAUCAAAACGUGAUGUUGGAGCGGAUCGAUUUGGGACAGACCAAGACCUUCCACCUGGAUCCGAGGCUCGCGAAAAAGAAUCGGCCCACGUGCCACAUGGUAUACUUUGUCAGAGACAUGAUCAUCGAUCCUCCGCGGGGGAAAAUGCGCGACGUGCUGCCCGUUCUCAUCAUGACUGCCCGCAUGCAUUCUUGUGAUGUGUCUACUUCCAAGAGCCCGACCAGCGAUGCCUGUCCGGAGGACGACACGCUGCAGUUCCUGCUCAUUUGGCUUUGCACCUUCAAGCCCACCAACGUUCGUGUUGUUGGAACGCUUUCCGUGGAGGCCACGUGCGCCUAUGUGGCGGACAGCCUGAUGGUGCGUACUGCUCGGGCCUACGAUAUACGGGCGCCCCAGGACAUGCGCACCAUCUACCGCAGUCCUUCCACCCUGAUCAUGCCCUACGACUUGGUCCGCCGCAUCACCCAGAGAGGCAACCGGUCACUCACCGUUAAGGUUAAGAUUGAGUAGGCAAUCAUUUGCGCGUUUUCUUGUCCUAUUUAAUCCGAAAUGUUAAUGUAUUUAUGGAUUUAUUUGGUUGAGUUUUGGACCUUCAAAAGUGCCCUAAAAAUAAAAAUGUGCAAAAAUCUACAUCCGAUCUAA